AUGAUUGAGCUCCCGAACUACAGCAGCCAGCUAAUGCAGCAACUGUGGGCCCUGCGUAAGGAGGGCCACCUUUGUGACUGCACUGUUCUAGUUGGAGACUAUCCCCACCGGGCACAUAAACUGGUGCUGGCAGCUUCCAGUAUGCUUUUCAGGUCACUGCUGGAUCUUUCUGAUACGGUCUCCAUCGAUACAUCUUUGGUAUCUUCACAGGAGUUCAGCUGUCUUCUGGACAUGGUCUAUACAGGAAAACUACCUUUGGGAAAACAUAAUGUCAGCCGCAUCAUUGCCGCUGCGGACAACCUGCAGAUGUUUGAUGUAGCUGUUAGCUUUAAAACUGUCCUUGCCAAUGUAAUCAACCAGCAGACCUCAGGAUCCACCUCCUCUACACAGACCCAAACCCUCAAACCAGUCCUGAAAUUGUACACCCCUGAAGUUUCAGUUGAUUCACCCAGUAAUGACAAGCCAACUGAAGGUGGCAUCCAAGCGAAAGAUAUGUCAGAUGAGAAUAGAUGUGAAGAUGCAAACGAAAAUUCAAAUGAACCUCCAUGUAAAAGAGUUUGUCCAGAGUUUUUGGAGUCCUCAGGUCCUAAAGAAAAGUACCACAGUGAAAGUGUAGUAGAGAAAGAUGAUGCAACAACCGCCAGUACUGAAAGUAUAGAAGAGGAAAAAAAUGCAACAAUUACCAAGACAGCUCAUUUGGAGCUCACUUCUAAGCUGACUGAGAAACUUACCAGUGUGCCAGAUGUUGUGCAACUGUUGAAGCAAUCAGCUCACAGCGCUCUAGAUGAACAGGAGAGAGAGUUAGUGUACAAUUGCUGCAAAGCUGAUCCAAGCUCAAUAGUGAGGAAGCUGUUGAACCAAGUAGAGAAGGGACUUGUCAGUGAGCAAGCUCUUAUGAAGCUGCUCCACACUGUCCAACAGAGCGCACCCUCCAACGCUGUAUCGCAGCCCUCUCAGCUGGAGGCAUUGGAGAAGGAUACGCAGGCGCUAGAUGGACAACAGACAGGAGGAAAUGCAGCAGAAUUAUUGUCUGGCCCAGAACAGGAGCGGAGCAGCGGAACAGAAGUCAAGUUGGAAACAAGCAACAUAACAGAGCCUGAAGUGCAAGAUAAAGAUAUAUACUCUCAGACCACAAAGUCCUACUGCUGUCGCUGGUGUGAGAGGACAUUUGCUUACAAGUGUCGAGUUCUAGCACAUACAAAGCGUUGCCCCAUGUCCAAGGAGUGUCGAGUGCAGUGUCCACAUUGCCCUGCAAAGCUGGUCAGCCAGCGGGCUUUUAAGGGCCAUUUGGCUGAGGCUCACCCAGAUGCUGCAGUAGACAAGAAGAAAAAGAAGGUAGCCUGUGACCUUUGUGGGCGCACCUUCGCACACCCAUCAGGUUUGAUUUACCACAAGCGAACAGAGCAUUUUGAUGAGAAGCCGUAUGCCUGCGAGACCUGUGGUGCCAAGUUUCCCGCCACAUCCUCUUUGAAGAAUCACAUGCGACUGCACACAGGAGAGAAACCCUACCAAUGCAAACACUGUGAUAUGAGCUUUGCUGUGGCUGCUGCGCUAGCUUACCACACCAAGAAGAAACACUCUGAGGGCAAGAUGUACGUAUGCCAGUAUUGCAAGGCUGUCUUCGCCCAAUCAAUCGAGCUCACGCGGCAUGUGCGAACACACACUGGCGAUAAGCCCUACGUUUGUCGGGAAUGUGGAAAAGGCCACAGCCAAGCCAGCGGCUUGACUACCCACCUGCAAACCUCACACAACAUGUUGCAGCCCCUGAACUGCCAAAAGUGUUGCCUCAGUUUCCAGACUUUAGAUGAGAUGCAGAAGCACAUAGAGGAGCUCCACCUAAAAGUUUGCCACAAGUGUCCCACGUGCAGCAAAGUAUUCACCUGUGCCUCGCUGCUUGAAAAACACAAGUCCGUACACACUGGAAUGAAGCCCUUUAUCUGCACACUUUGUGACAAAUCUUACCAGCAACUGUCGGGGCUGUGGUACCAUAACAGGACAAAUCACCCUGAGGUGUUUGCUAACCAAACGCGGCAACUGAAAACUCUAGUCCAGUGUGACAUCUGCUUCCGAUUCUUCCCUUGUGCUUCUAGCCUGGCCAAACACAUGGAAAAUGAACACAAAGAUGGUUCUACAGAGUCCACCAUGCAUUGCCCGCACUGUAACGUGGUGUUUGGUGGGUCAGAGGAGUUGCAAGAGCAUGUCUGCAGUCAGCACGCAGCAAGUGGGAACAGUUUUAUCUGCCCCCUCUGUUCCCAAGUCAGCACGUCUAACCAGGAGCUGCAAGAGCACCUCCUUUCCUGCCACAUGGAAAGCCAGCUGACAAAGGAGGAGGCUGACAAGGAGCGGGUGUCCAGUGUACACACUGUGAUCUCGGUACAUCAAGCAGAUGGCGAGACAGCACAGUCGAUCACCUCUGAUGAACAAUCGCGGAUGGCUGUGACCCAGCAGGUUUUAGUGGCUCUGACAGAAGAAAGGGAAGGCGGAAACCCAGGAGAGGUGCUGGAGGUCAACAUGUAUGACCUACUAGACAAUUCAGUGACUACAUUUGUCUGUGAAGAAAAAAAAACCUGA